AGAGCAUCAGACACACAGCAGAAGUAAGGUUCCAGAUCUCAGGCUCUGACCCUUCAUGGCCACUCGCUCAUCCUGCCGAAUCCAGCUACGACAAAGGCCACUUUUCUUUGUCGCUCACAGCUUUGGUGGCCUCAUUCUUGCACAUGUAAGACCGACAAACCAUCAUUACAUUGUGGUUAAGCUGACCAAGUGACCAUGAUUCCCAGGCUCUUAUUCAAGCCAAACUCAAAAGCGAUAGAUUUGAUCCGGAUAUGACCGCACUGGUCAAGGCCACCUACGGUAUCUUCUUCUUGGGCACUCCCCACAAAGGUCCCUGGGUCGAAGACAUGGCGAGUAUGCUCAACAAGGUUGACCCCAAUCAUCCGCGACUGGACCUUGUCGAGCAAUUGCGUUGCAACUCCCGGGCCCUGGAGGAUCAGAUUGCGGAUUUUAAGAACAUCUGCCACAAAUACAAGAUCGUCAGCUUCUACGAGACACAACAAACGAGAAGAUUACAUUGGGGACGAAGCUGCUCAGAGCUUCAAAAGGAGCGGUGAUUUCAUGUUGUCUGUCCAUACGGGCUCAGCACUGCUACAGUUGCCCGACACAAUGGAGGAAAAGGUCACAGUCGACGCCGAUCACUCGGACAUAGCCAAGUUCAGCGAUAGACGCGCCCAUCCAUAUGUAACAGCACUGCGUUACUUGAAGAAGUUUGAGGCAGAAUCGGUGGCAGAGGUUUCCCGAAGGUUCAAGAACAGUUUUGCACAAAACAGUUAGUGUGGCACGCGAGAAAGAUCGAUGUGCAAAUGGAUACAUAAUAACAACAUGAUUAGACAAAGAGGCCUGCUUGUCAACU